AUGUUUGCUUCAAAAAGUGUUCACAGUUAUCACGCAGAUCUUAUCCACGAUGUUGCAUAUGAUUACUAUGGACAGCGAAUGGCCACGUGUAGUAGCGAUCAAAUGAUUAAAAUUUGGGACCUACGUGAUGACCAAGAGUGGGAAUGCACCGCCAAGUGGAGAUAUCAUCUGGGUUCUGUUUGGCGCGUUUGUUGGGCACAUCCUGAAUUCGGACAGAUUAUUGCAACCUGCUCUUUCGAUCGGACUAUCGCUAUUUGGGAAGAGAUUACCGGACAAGAUGCAGGCACAAGCGGAGAUUCUGCAGCGACUCCCGCGCAAACUUCAGGAACCGGUGGAGUUAACGGUCGUCAGCCUUCAACUGUUGCAGCUCCAAAUACUGGCCCUGGUUCUCUAGGAGUAUCCUCAGCCGCAGCCGCGGCCAACACUAAUCCCGCAGGCACAUCAAACACCCGAGGUGGAGUGUGGAUACGUCGUGCUCACUUGGUCGAUCCACGUAAUUCUGUUACUGGGUUGAUGUUUGCACCCAGAUUCCUUGGGCUUCAACUGGCUGCUAUUUCCACGGACGGAGUAAUGCUGGUGUAUGAGGCUCAGGUGGGUUCCAUUCCCCUUUCUAUUUUUUAUGACUUACCAAAUGCACCUUUCUGUUGCAUUGGUCGAAUAUACAUAUUGCCUAUUGUCUUUUGGAAAUCAAGUUAA